AUGACCCAGUGGAACUGCGUCUUGAUCGGCGCUGCCCUCACCGUGGGCUUGGCCUCGGCCGUGACAACGCGCAUGCCUGAGACCACGACUCGCCAAGCUCCCGUGACGACUGCCACCGAGCCGGCCGUAGUCUUGGGCGCUUUUAUCGAGUCGGACUUGUUCCUCGACCUCGAGGAUAACAAUGGCAAGGGUGUCAAGCUGAAAGACGCCAAUGUCGGCUACCGCUUUGAGGGGGGCUUUCCGAGUGGCAUUGCGUUUGAUUACACCCCUGGUCGCUGCAAAUGCGUGUCUCCCGUGCCGUGCGAAGAUCCCGAGGGUCUGAGCUGCUUCCGAGCACGUACGUGCAGUGACUCCAUGGGCCUGAGCUGCUCGCACGUCAAGCCCUGCGAUGGCGAUGACAACAUCAAGACCAAGAAGAAGUUUAAAUUUGCGGCCACGUGUGGUGGCGAGAGUGGCGAAGAUCUCUCAGAACAGGACCGUCGUCGCAUCUACAAGGCGCUGCGCGAUGUCAUCGAGGAGUGCCCCCGCAUCAACAAGCCCUGCCGUAUCAAGCUGCGUGACGAAGAUGACUUGAAAUUUGCUGAUGAGGACGACUCUGGCCUUGACUCUUACAUGGUCAAGGUCAAGGUCCGCUCUGCCAAGGAUAAGCGCAAGUUGGAGAAGUGCUUUGACCAGGUGGACAUGGAUCUCCUGAACCGCGGCGACUGUACCAUUGCGCUGGAGGCCAUUAACUUGCCUGGUGUGGCCACCUCGACCUCGACGUCCUCCUCUUCUUCCUCCUCCACCUCGACGUCCACGUCGACUUCGUCGUCGUCAUCGUCGUCGUCGUCCUCAUCGACUUCAUCGUCCUCCUCCACCUCGACGUCCACGUCCACGUCUACCUCGUCGUCGUCGUCUUCAUCUUCAUCGACCUCGACCUCAAGCUCCACCUCGACCUCCACCUCAUCCUCAUCCUCGUCCUCGUCCAGCACCUCAACUUCGACGUCCACCUCCACCUCGACUUCCACCUCGACUUCGACGUCCACCUCCACCUCGACUUCCACCUCGACUUCGACUUCCACCUCGACUUCGACUUCCACCUCGACUUCGACUUCCACCUCCACCUCCACCUCGUCAUCCACCUCUACCUCGUCAUCCACCUCUACCUCGUCAUCCACCUCCACCUCGACGUCCACCUCGACUUCCACGUCCACGUCCACCUCGACGUCUACCUCCACCUCCACGAGUCUGGAACCUGGAUGGUUUGUGGGUGGAUUGGAAGAGUCUUGUGAUGAUGUAUGCAGUGCUGCCAACCUCGGCUGUCUGGAAUCACGCCUAAGCGAUGUGGACACGAUGGAUCGCUUCGAGUACGUGUACAACACCGAGCUGGGUAGCCCUCUGGGCAGCUGCGUUCCUGCCGACUCGCAGGCCGCAGGUGGUCGCAACACGCCUCGCUAUGUUGAGGGCUCGGGCCGUUGCGAGUACUACGAUGGCGGUGCAGCGGUGCCUACCUGUGACAAAGAGGCCAUUGGCAGCCAGCGCCGUAUCUGCUGCUGUGCAAGCUCUGAUGCGGACUGCCCCAUUGCGCCCUAA